CCCAAAGAUAAGCAGCAGCCCGAUCUUAAGAACUAGCUAUACCAGCAAGGAUUAACCGCGCAUCAACCGAUCAAAAUGAAAGUGUUCGCCAUCGCCUGUGUGACCCUCUUGGCGGCCAGCUGCGCCUUCGCCGCGCCCAGUGUCCAAGACAAUCGAGUCGAGGGCGAUAAUACCCUGGGCAGGGCCGCCAGAUACCUGGGCGCCUGUCUGGAGAGCGACGACAUGGCCACCUGCCUGGCCGUCAAGGGCAUCACCGCCCUGAACCGCGCCGCCAGGAGCAACAACAUCGAGCUGGCCAGCGGAGUCACCUUUCAGAGAGACCCUGCCAGUCCCGUUUCCCGCACCGGAAAGUCCCUGAGUGAGCAGGACGUCCUCGCCGAGCUGCCCCAGAACGCCGAUGAGCGUACUGGUCGUCUGGUGGAUAUGGCCAUCUCCAGUGCCGCCGAAUUCCUGAGCAGCCACAACCUGGAGUUCAAGCUGCCCGCCGAGACCACCCAGCAGGUGGCCCGUGCCCUCGACGAAGGCCGUGGCAAGAUCAAGAAGAUGCUGGGACCCCUGGCCCUGGCCAUCGGAGCCAAGCUGUUCGCCGUCAUUCCCCUGGUGCUAGGCUUCCUGGCCCUGCUGACCUUCAAGGCCGUGAUCGUGGCCAAGCUGGCCUUCUUCCUGGCCAUCCUGGUCGGCGGCUCCCGUCUGCUGGGUGGAUUUGGCAACAAGUUCGGAGGCAGCGGCAUCGGCGGAGGCUACAGCUCGAACGCCUGGUCCGCCCCCGCCAGCGCCGGCUGGAGCUCGGGUGCCUCCUCGUCCUACCCCUAUGCCCGCAGCAUCGACGAUGAGUCCGAUGCCCAGCAGCUGGCCUACGCCGGCCAGCAGCAGCAGUAA